AUGUCGUCUCCCAUCCGAGAAUAUCCUUCUUCCGAUGCUGGCGACAUCGACAUGCAGGAUGCCGCGGAGCAGUCCAUGCCAGAGGCAUUUGCCCCUCAGCAGCUCUUCUUUCCCUCGACACCGUCAGCAGCAGGCACUCCGACGCGUCGAAACCUAGCGACCCCGAUGUCUAGCGUCAUGGCUCGAAGGGCGCUGGGGAUGGCUACACCCAGAGAACAACUGGACAGUUCACCCAUAUUAGCCUAUCCGAGUUCUCCAAGCCAGCCUCGGACACCUGGAAAAAUCCCUGCUCCUGUGUUUGUAUCGGACGCACCAAUGUCUGCCGCCGACUCUGAACCUCUAGCUUUUCCAACCUCUUCAGCGUCCAAUGUCAACCAAGGAAGCCGUCGCGGCGAUAUUCAUUCCUCGUUGAACCUCACACCAUCCACACGCCGCGCCAAUGGGCCCAGCAGACUGCCCAAUGACGACCGCAGCUCGGAUGGAACGCAACUCGGACUGCCGUCUACGACAAACCUCACUGUGCCGACAGUUCCCUCAGACGAGCCUGACGAGAUCCGUGUCAUUUGGGGAACGACUGUCAGCCUCAACGAGACGAUGCAGACAUUCCGCGAGUUUUUGCUCGAUUUUAAGAUCAAGUAUCGCGUUGCGCAUGAUCGGGCGCGUGGAGUGCGGACGCGCGCAAUGGCAAGUCCCGAAGAGGGCGAGACGAAACUGUACGUAACCUACCUGCGACGGAUGCGGCAAAUUGGCGAGACAAAUCUCAAUCUGGACAUGGUCAAUCUGUUCGCCUACCCGCCAAGCCGGAAGUUGUACGGGCAGCUUGUCAAAUACCCGCAGGAGGUAGUACCGGCGAUGGAUCAGGUGCUCAAGGACUUGAUGCUGGAAAUCGCCGACGAGGACCAGAGGGCAGGUAUGGAUGACAUGCAAGGGCAGCAGGGGAAUGAGGAGAUCGCAGACAUUAUGAGCAGGGUGUACAAGAUCAGACCAUUCGGGCUGCCCGCGAUCAACAUGCGCGACCUCAACCCUACUGAUACCGACAAACUCGUGUGCAUCAAGGGCCUGGUCAUCCGUGCGACGCCAGUCAUCCCGGACAUGAAAGUGGCGUUCUUCCGAUGCCUCAGAUGCAAUCAUACUGUGCAGGUCGAGAUUGACCGCGGCAAGAUUGACGAGCCGGCGCGUUGCCCGCGGACGGUAUGCGGGUCGGUGGAUUCGAUGUCGCUCGUUCACAACCGGUGCGAGUUCGCGGACCGUCAAGUUAUCCGCCUACAAGAAACCCCGGAUGCCGUGCCCGACGGGCAGACCCCUCACACGGUCUCGCUGAGCGUGUAUGACGAGCUCGUGGACGUUUCGAAGCCCGGUGACCGGCUCGUCGUCACGGGCAUCUUCCGUAGCGUGCCUGUGCGGGUGAAUCCGCGCCAGCGCACGCUGAAGAGUCUUUUCAAGACGUUCCUGGACGUUGUACAUGUGCGACUGGGCGGCUCGGAUCGGCUUGGUUUUGACAAGAGCACGCGUCCCGCGGGUGGUGACAGGAUUCCUGGGGUGGGAGGCGUCGGUGGCUCUGCAGAGGAUGAGGAGUCGGAUGUGGGAGAGGCGCAGAGGCGGAUGACGAAGCGAGAGGAGUUGGAGACCAAGCUGAGGGAACUCAGCCAGCGGCCAGAUAUCUAUAGCCUCCUUGCACGGUCACUUGCACCUUCGAUUUGGGCGAUGGAUGACGUCAAGAAGGGCAUCUUAUUGCAGCUUUUUGGAGGCACGAAUAAAAGUAUUGCUCGAGGAGGAGGCGCUGGUGGCCCGCGGUACCGAGGCGACAUCAAUGUAUUGCUUGUCGGUGAUCCUGGUGUCAGCAAGUCGCAGAUCUUACAGUAUGUUCACAAGAUUGCCCCUCGAGGUGUAUAUACGUCCGGAAAAGGAUCCUCAGCUGUUGGUCUGACUGCCUACGUGACUCGUGAUCCUGACUCCAAACAGCUCGUGCUAGAGAGUGGCGCACUCGUGCUCAGUGAUGGAGGUGUUUGUUGUAUCGAUGAGUUCGACAAGAUGUCCGAUGCUACGCGCAGUGUCUUGCACGAAGUCAUGGAACAACAAACUGUUUCAAUAGCUAAAGCAGGUAUUAUUACCACCCUGAACGCACGCACGUCCAUCCUGGCUGCGGCGAAUCCAGUUGGCUCGAAAUACAACAGAAACGAGACAAUCACACGCAAUAUUGACCUACCUCCUACGCUGAUCUCCCGUUUUGACCUCCUAUACUUGGUCCUCGACCAAGUUGAUGAAGCACUCGACAGGAAGCUUGCUCAGCACCUUGUCGGACUGUAUCUUGAGGAUGCGCCUGAGACUGGCGGGCAGGAUAUACUGCCACUGGACCAGCUGUCUGCUUACAUCACAUACGCCCGGUCACGCAUAAACCCUAUCAUUACAGAAGAUGCCUCCGAAGAGCUCGUACGGUGUUACGUGAUCCUACGCAAAGCAGGCGAAGACCCGCGCUCAAACGAAAAGCGGAUCACGGCGACGACGCGGCAGCUCGAGAGCAUGAUCCGACUCUCUGAGGCGCACGCGCGGAUGCGUUUCUCGCCGUUCGUUGAGCUUGAGGACGUCAAGGAGGCAUACCGUCUCAUGCGCGAGGCGAUCAAUACCAGUGCGCGCGACCCGACCACGGGCGAGAUCGACAUGGGCCUGCUCGACACGGGCAUAGGCAGGCAGCAGCGCAAGAUGCGCAGUGAUAUGCGCAAGGCGAUACUGGCGAUGUUGGAUGGCAGCGCGGGAAGCACGCGCGGCGUGCGCUGGAUGGAGGCGCUGCAGCAGCUUGAGGGACAGAGCAGUGUCCGUAUCAGCACGGCGGAGUUCCAGCAGGUCAUUCGGGAGCUUGAGCAGGAGGGUAUGGUGAAGGUCGUGGGCGAGCGAGAGAAGAGGAUGAUACGGCGCGUUGAUGGAGCAUAG